CACAUCAGAUGAACGGCUCAUAGAACACCACGUGGACAAUAAUCCUGUCCACAUAGCGAACCGGGAAAGGACCCUAUGAAAAUCUGGAAAAUUCACAAAACUUGCAGCCCUCCUCCACGUAAAUAACAUGUGGUCCCUCGUACAAAAACCAUGCUAUUAAUCAACAAGCUAUCAGCUAUGGUACCAUCUCACUAUUCUUUCAUAGCUUGAAUUCAACAAGUAAAUAGAUGCUUAGACUAAAUCUUCACUGCUCUCUACUUCCAAUUCCAAAUGCAAGACAAGUCAGACCAGGAAGCAGCUAUGGCUCGUUGAUUAUUCAUAAUCACAAAAUUUCAAGCUUUUCUCGUCGGGUUUCCAUCAAGGUCAAGGCCAUAAAAGAUGAGAUGGAUGGGGAAGCAAGUGGCUCUUCUGGACGUAGCUGGGAUCCUGGCUUGGAAAUUGAGGUCCCUUUUGAGCAGAGACCGGUGAAUGAGUACUCUUCUCUGAAGGAUGGAAUCCUGUAUUCAUGGGGUGAACUGGGUCCAGGAUCCUUCUUUCUUCGCCUUGGAGGCCUCUGGUUGGUAGUAUUCACAGUUCUUGGAGUGCCAGUUGCAGCUGCAAGCUUUAAUCCUUCAAGAGAGCCUCUAAGAUUCAUACUUGCUGCUGGAACAGGAUCACUUUUCAUUGUAUCUUUGAUUGUCUUGAGGAUUUACCUGGGAUGGAGUUAUGUUGGAGAUAGACUUCUAUCUGCGGUCAUUCCGUAUGAAGAAAGUGGAUGGUAUGAUGGACAGAUGUGGGCCAAGCCACCUGAGAUCCUAGCUCGUGAUAGAUUGUUGGGCUCUUACAAGGUUAAACCAGUUGUUCAACUGCUCAAGCAAACUCUAGUUGGAACAGGAGCAUUACUUGUUACUGGAGUUAUGCUAUUUAUCUUUGCUACACCAGUGCAGGACUUUUUCCAAACUACCUUUACCACGGUAGGAAAGAAAUCAACCGCACAAGCUCCCAAAGUUAACACAAAGUAUAACUUAAGAAAGGAGGAGUUGCUUAAAUUGCCUGUAGAGGUGAUGGCUGAUGAUGAUCUCGCAGCAGCUGCUGCAGAGGCUGCUGAUGGAAGACCAGUCUAUUGCAGGGAUAGAUAUUACCGAGCAUUAGCAGGAGGCCAGUAUUGCAAAUGGGAGGAUCUGCUCAAGGAUUAAGAAAGAUGAAUGUGUAACUAAAUUCAUUUAGUUAGAGUACCGUUUGUAGUGACUCUUUGGCCAAAGUUUUAUGCUAUUUAGUAAAAAACCAUUUGAAAAGAUGUUCAAAGCGA